AUGAAACAAAACCCGUCGAGUUCAAACGGCCUAGGGAAUCUCAAGUGGUGGAAGAGUCUCUGGGGCCUGAGUCUGCCUCCGAAGAUCAAAAUCUUCUUGUGGAGAUGCUUUAAUGGAUGGCUGCCUGUUAGAGAAGUGCUAAUGCGUAGAGGGAUGCAAAUUGAUGUUCGUUGCCCUCUCUGCCAUUGUUUUCCAGAGUCGGGUAUUCACUCCCUCUGGUUUUGCAAAGAGAUCAGGAAAGUUUGGAAUAGUUGGGAUACGACAACUCCGCUCAAGCCUGGCUUAGGAUGGAGUAUGGCUGACCUUUUAAUCCAUGCUUUUUACAAGCUGCAAAAUGAAGACUUCCUCCUUUUCUGUGAGAUCCUUUGGUUAGUUUGGAGUAAUAGGAACAGCAAGGUCUUUGGAGGCAAUUGCAAACCUGUCCCACAGUUGUUGACUUGGGCAACGAGCUACUUAGAAGAGUUUCAACAGGCUAUGGCCUCUAAGAAAGUGGUUUUGAAUCAGGCGCGUCAAAGGAAAGCAGGCGACAGAGACAAAAGAUGGGUCCCACCAGAUCCGGGGGUCUAUUGUGUAAAUGUAGAUGCGAGCUUCAACAGUCGCAAUGGCGUGUUUGGAACUGGUUUUGUGGUAAGGGAUCACACCGGCAGGGUCAUGAAAGCAGGCUACAAAAACCACGGGUGGAAGGCCUCGGUGGAGGUGGGAGAAGCCUGCGCAAUCCGAGAAGGCGUCUUACAGGCAAUAGAAGGCAAUCUAACUCCUUUUGUAAUUAUGUCUGAUGCAAAAGUAGUAGUAGACACCUUCAACAAUUAUAGAUUGUCUUGUAAUGAUGUUGGUAUGAUAGCCUUAGAUUGCUCUAUUCUGUUGAAGAAUGUAGGUUGUUUAGGAAUCAGGUUUGCCAAUAGGGACACAAACAAAGUAGCUCACCAUCUGGCAAGGUUGGCAAGUUCUGAAUCUUAUGUGCAAUACUCAUGGAGGGGGUCUGUCCCUCAUGAAAUUAUUCCUUUUGUUCUGGCUGAUGUACAAGCUUUGUCUUAA